AUGGCCUCCUCCGGGGUUGGGUCGUAUUCGAACCCCUUGAAGAAGUUCAAGUUGGUCUUCUUGGGCGAACAGAGUGUUGGAAAAACCUCAUUGAUCACCCGCUUCAUGUACGACUCGUUCGACAACACCUACCAGGCCACUAUCGGCAUCGAUUUUCUGUCCAAGACCAUGUAUCUUGAAGACCGAACCGUUCGCCUUCAGCUUUGGGAUACCGCCGGCCAAGAACGAUUCCGUUCCCUGAUUCCUUCCUACAUCCGAGACUCGAGCGUUGCCGUUGUUGUCUACGAUAUUUCCAAUGCGAAGUCCUUCCAAAACACCCGGAAAUGGAUUGACGAUGUCCGCGGAGAGCGUGGAAACGAUGUGAUUAUUGUGCUCGUAGGCAACAAGACCGAUUUGAACGACAAGCGUGAAGUUACCACGGCGCAAGGCGAAGAGGAGGCAAAGAAGAACGGAUUGAUGUUUAUCGAGACCAGUGCAAAGGUCGGACAUAACGUGAAGCAAUUGUUCCGGAGAAUUGCCCAGGCUUUACCAGGAAUGGAAGGCGAGGCCAAGCAAGGCGAGAGCCAGAUGAUCGAUGUCAAUAUCAACCCCAAGGAGACGACCAACAACGACGGCUGUGCCUGUUAA